UUACGAGAGAGAGAUAAAGAGGGAGCUGGAGAUUGUCAUUCUGCAGCAGAGGUUUCAAUAUGACUGAGCUUAUCACGACAUCCCCGCUUCCUGGAAAGAUAAGCCUGCAUUAUUGCGUAUUAUUUAAUGAUUCCAGUAGCUUUAAUGACACAGACCUAGAUGCAGAUCAGGAUCAAUGUUUCAUUCCGAUAGUUGUGAUCAGCUCUAUUUCUCUGUUCAUUUGCCUGGUCGGGCUGGUGGGGAACGGGAUGGUUCUUUGGUUCCUCGGCUUCCGCAUUAAGAAGGACCCCUUCACCAUCUACAUCCUCAACUUGGCCAUUGCUGACUUUGGUUUCCUCCUGUGCAUGGUUGCCUUCUUGAUUAUUAUCAUCUUAUAUUUACAUAUGGACUUUCUUGGAGGGUUUGUCAUCAUAAAGGCAAUCCAAUGGGUGGCGCUGUUUAUAUACAACACUGGCCUGUAUCUCCUGACAGCCAUCAGCGUUCAGAGAUGUCUGUCCGUCCUUUACCCCAUCUGGUACCGAUGUCACCGUCCAAAAAACCUGUCUUCCAUUGUGUGUGCUCUGCUCUGGGCUCUCUCCAUCCUGGUGACUGGACUGGAGUGCUAUUUCUGCAUCAAUGACUAUGACUGUUCCAAAAUGACCAUAUUCAGCUGUGUCUUGAGUUUCCUGAUUUUCACUCCACUCAUGGUUCUGUCCAGCCUGACCCUGUUCAUCAAGGUCCGGUGUAGCUCACAGCGACACCAAUCAACAAAGCUCUAUAUUGUCAUUAUGGUCACCAUCCUUUUCUUCCUCAUGUUCGCCCUUCCACUGAGGGUCAUAGUGCUGAUGGCCUUCCUUAGUCACACCAUGAUACACCUCUUUGUUAUGUCUUUAGUUAUCCUGCUGCCCUGCAUGAACAGCAGCAUCAACCCCUUCAUCUACUUCUUAGUUGGGAGACACGGGAAACGGCAAUUGAGAGAGCCCCUCAAGGAGGUUUUCCAGAGAAUCUUCAAUGGGGAGGCUGGUCCACAAGAGAAAAGGCCCACCAAACAAGUAAAAUAGCCAGCCACUCAGAAUCUUACAGAGCAUGUGCAAGGCAUGGUAGAUCUUCAAAGUUAAUGAUGCUACCCUUGCAAGGACAUUUCCGUUUAACGCUACAGCACUUUAAUAAAUGAGAAAUAGAGCGAGUCAAAAAAAUUUCCAGCAAAAUAUUUUUUCAUUGGAA